UAUUUGGGAAAAGAGAGUAGGAGGAAGGAGACGACGACUGGUGGGGAGGCUGUGGGAGGAGAAGUGAUGGUGGUUCGGCAGAGUGUAGUUGAAGCGAGUCUGAUUCAUAGUGAUUUCUGUCGUCUAUUACGUGUUCGCUUGGCUUUCCCACUGGGUGGAGGAGGUCCUUUUCCCGGCGAGUAGACGUGGCCGAGGGAGAGUGGAAGUUCAGGUACUUGUGCAAACUUUUCCCCGCGGACUGGGGCUGAGAGCAGUGGAGUGAGGAGGAGGCGUGUGGUGCUGCUGAGCUCUUUGUGCCUGAGAGGAGGCAGGGUGCCAGCAGGCAGCACUCACUAACUACAUUCUUUGUCCAAGGAGGGAAUGAGGGAGGGCAAGGAACAAACUCCAUCUCCGCACUGAUGGCAUUUAUGUGGCAAUGAUAUUACUCAGACAGCUGAACGUGGAGGGGGUGAUUAAUUUCUUAGGAUUUCCCACAAAAGCAAGAGAGCAUAUCUUUAUUUGAUUGAAGCCGCCCAUGUAAAGUUGUAGUGACUUUCAAAGUUUCUUCCUGGAAGUAUCUUUUAAAAGAAGAAAAAAUGUUAAAAACAGAAGGGAAAGGGGAUAGGACCCUGAGAAGUGCUUCACCACACAGAAAUGCAUAUAAGUCUGAUUUUCAUACCAUUAAGUGUUCAUUUGAUGGUGGAAAGCCAGAGAUUUCACCAAAGCCAAUGUCUUUGAAGUUUAACACAAAUGGAGCACCUGCUGACAUUACCCGAGGGCGGGCCUCGUAUGGUAAUCGGGUCCACAAGAUCAAGAAUAUGUUUAUGCAGAUGAGCUCAUCACCAAAUGAAGUGCAACCUGAACCUAAACUAAUUAAGGCUGAUUUUUCAUCCCUUCCAACCCAUGCAUCUGUUGUAAGUGUUCAAAAAAAUAAUGCUUUUAAUGCAAGUGGUGAUCUUCCAUCUCCUGAAAAGGUGAUCAGGACAGGGGAGGAAGUGGACUUGGACAAAGUAGCUUUAGCAGAAAAGUUUUCUGAAACUAGGAAACUGUUUGAAAGAAGCGUUAAUCGCCAAAACACUUCUGACAGGUCUUCCCCAACUAAGGAAGAAAAGUUAAUCAGCCAGCAACGGCAAGGGUCACUGGACUCUGAAAGUCCCACUUCUGAUCAGAGCCAGUCUAGCUCAUGCUCCAAAAUGACUAAGGUUACAUCUCCUUCAUUUAAGAGUAAAGACACAGAAGAAGCUUCCAAUUACUCAAGUCAACGAUCAAAUUCAUCAACAUCCUCAUCUCUUAACGCAGGGCCUAUAUCAAGGAGACUGGAAAGUUUUCUUUUAGAUAGUGAUGGGGAAGAAUCUAGGGACUUCAUAAACAAUGAACAGCAUUCGGAAGUGUUUUGCAGCCCUAGCUUAGAACCUUUGGAAAAUGUGCCACAAGUGACUGAAAAAGAUAUUCAUAUUUGUUUUGGCCAUGAACAUACUAGUCCUUCUUCGAUCCAAAACUUGGGGAAAAAACUGGAUAUAGAUGAGGAGGUACAAAAAAUAAGUAGUGUAAUUCAGGAUGACCAAGUCUUCAUUCCAAGUAACAGUAUAUUAUCAAACCAGACUGCAAAUGAUUCUUUGGUCCCUGCAACUGAAAAACCAGUGGCGGGAAUGGUAAGGGCAGAGUUGGUAGUUUUACAAAAUGAGUCUUCAGAGAGUGACGAUGAGGAACAGAUUAAAGAUGAUGUAUUUGACGAUAUAAAACCUCUUGAUGUGGAAUCAUCUGAUACGAUUCAAAGCGUGGACCGCGUGGUUAAUCAGAACAAUGAGGAAUUGUUUGAAAAGGCUGCAGUGCCUCAACAGGAAAAUAUAAAACCAACAGAGGACAUAGAUGAUGAAGACAGUGACGAAGAAAAUGAACGUGAGUUUGAUGAGCAAGUUGAAAAGAACAAAAUCAUGUUUGGAUAUUCUAAUCGUGCUUUUGGGAUCGAAAAUGCAGCUUUUGAUGGUGACAGGGAAACAGAAGUAGAGGACCAAGCUGUUGACUUCAAAGAAGUGUUGACCACUGAAUAUGAGAAUUAUGGAUUUGGUAGUGACUAUGAAGAAAUGCCGGGACUCUCUGCAGAGGAAGACCUAGUACCUUCUCGUAAGGUCAAGUUCUCUACAGCUCCAAUUAAGGUUUUCAGUACAUUUUCAAAUGAAGAUUACAACAGACGUAACGAAGAGGUUGAUCCAGUCGCUGCCUCUGCGGAAUAUGAGUUGGAGAAGAGGGUAGAAAAAAUGGACGUGUUUCCAGUAGAGCUUGUAAAAGGUGACAGUGGUCUCGGCAUUAGUAUCAUUGGUAUGGGUGUUGGUGCAGACCAGGGCUUGGAGAAGUUGGGAAUAUUUGUGAAAACUAUUACUGAAGGUGGGGCAGCUCAAAGAGAUGGUCGGAUUCAGGUAAAUGACCAGAUUGUUGAGGUGGACGGGACAAGUUUAGUUGGAGUGACACAACUGUUUGCAGCUACAGUGCUUAAAAACACUCAAGGCACAGUCAAAUUUCUUAUUGGGAGAGAAAAACCAGGGACUCAGAGUGAAGUGGCUCGGCUAAUCAGUGAAACUCUGGAGCAAGAGCGAUGCCAACAUCAGCUGUAUGAGCCCCAAUAUUCAGAGGGCAGUACUGGGCAGGAAGAAGAUUUUGAGGAUGAUGACGACGAUCUGAGAUCCGAUUUGCAUAGUGGGAAGUCAGUGGAAGUUUUUGAUCUGCCAGAAAGCGAAGACACUAGUAUAUCUCUGGACAUGGAUUCAUCACAGCUGGCACUUAAAUUUAAAGAGCUUCAGCUAAAACAUGCAGUCACUACAGCAGAAGUUAAGCAGCUGAAAGAGAGGAUAAAAGCAGCUGAAGCUGAGAAGUUAGAUUGGGAGUCCAACAAGCAGAAAUACCAACAAUCUGUAGAGGAAAAUAAGGAAAAAAUAAAAAAGCUGGAGACAUACUGGCUAGAAGCGCAAGCUCUUUGCAAAACUGUCAACGAGCAUCUGAAAGAGACUCAAGAGCAAUACGAUGCCUUGGAAAAGAAGUAUGCCAAAGCCAAAAAAUUGCUCAAAGACUUUCAAAUAAAGGAGCUGGAAUUUGAGAAAAAAGAAGUGGAACAUAAUGAACUUUUAAAAGAAAAAGACAGACUACAUAAAGAAAAAAUCAAAAUCCUAAAUAGCAGGAUUUCAGAUCUCGAGUACAAACUGUGCAAUUAUGAGCAAACUGUUCAAGGGUUGCCAGACCAUAAUAAUCAUACAAAUGAGAACAUUGCAGAAAUUGGUGAUAAGGAUCCAACUUUGGUACAAGCUUGUGAAGCUCUGGAGACGGAGAGCUCUCCAGUUUGUGACGAUUUAGUACCAGAUUUUGAUGAAUGCGUUGGAGAAACUCAGCGAUUAGACACUAGUGCACAUAAAGCCAAAGCACAACUUGCUCUCAGAGUUAAACGACAGCGGCCAUCUCGAAAUAAAUUCAAGGAGCCUUUCACUGGGGAACAGAGCAUUGGCUUGGAGGAUGAUGCAGAAGAAAGUAUCCUAAAAAUGGAAAGUUCCAGCCCAUCUGAAAACAAAGUUGAAGAAUUGGAUGAGCAGACUGUCUCACCCUCGUAUCCAUAUGAAGGUCAAAGAACUGAAAAGACUCGGGAAGCUGAAAGUUUAGGUAGCCUUCUGGAGUCCGAUCCCUCCAUUCCAACUUCCUCCCCCACACCCAGGACUAACACUGAACCCAUUCUAACCAAAAGUCAGGUUCCCACUGGGGAAGGGGUAGAUCAGACCUCCCCUGAAGCAUUCAGUAGGAAUACCAAGCAGAGAGAAUCUAAAGGAAAAGGAAAAAUUAUUAAAGAUGAAAAGAGAAAUGAGGAAAAAACAGUGGAAUCCAAUGAGAACACAGGGAAGCAUAGAAGGCGGUUUCCAGAUUUUGGAGGACUGCGAAAAUCUGGAGGCAAAGGCAGAAAAUCAGAUAAAGAGAAUCCUAGAGGAUCCUUGGACAGUCGAGGUUCCAGAGACUUGCUGGAGGAGGCCGACAAUCAGUCGCUAUCUGAUUCUGACUCACCAGUCCCCACUUGCAUGCCGUUUUCUUGGUUCGGAGAAAGCCACAAAGAAUCUCCCUCCAGUGGCAGCCUGAACUUCUCACAGAGCGGCCCUGACCUUACUGUGGAGCAAAGCCAAGAGAGAAGCAAGAACAAGAGUAGAAUGCUCAUAGAUGAUUCAUACAGUUACAGCCCAGGCUCUGAUCUGUCAGGGUUAGUGGCAGAGCCAAGUCUGUCAGGGCGCUCACACACUUUCACCUUCUCUUCGAAUGAGGUUCUGGAUGAUGAUUCCUCCCCAACGGGGAAACAAAAUCAGUGGCACAGCCGGCCGGUUACCAACUGGACAACACAGCAAGUGUGUCACUGGCUCAUGGGAAUGAAUAUGGAGCAGUACAUCGGAGAGUUUACAUCCAAAAACAUAGAUGGGCAGCAGUUAAUGUUACUGGACAGCGAGAAACUCAAGGCUUUGGGUGUUUCCAGCCAGACGGACAGAGCAACAAUAAAGAAGAAGAUCAAAGAAAUCAGAAAAGCGCAAGAGAAAAUGGAAAAGCAGAAGGAGAAAAUCAUGAAAAAAGGGGCACCGAGGCCAAGUGGGAAAGCAGCAGUCACUGUGGAUUCCACCUGCUAAAGUCUAUUCCCUCCCAGUCUCUAUGUAUAUACUUGUACAAUGGGGGAGCUUAUAUAUUUGGGGUUAUUGUAUUUCAGAUUUUUUUGUAGUGUCUUUUUCUACUUGGAAGUCACCUAGAAUCAUUUAUAUAUUUUUUUUUCUCUCCAGACUUAAGAAGUGUGAAGUGAAAUGUAGUCAUUUAGGAUGUGUAAGGAGCAUUAUUGUGAGGCCACUAACACAGUUAGGGUUGCACAUGAAUGAGCUGUGCUUCUAUCUCCUAUAAGAACACUGCUUUGUUUGUCAUGUGCUCCCGCGCUACAUUAGACUUGUUCUUUCACUUAACCACUUCUUAAUCCUACUUCAUGGCUGCUAAAUGUAUUAGUGACAAAUGACCAACUGCAGCAGCGCUGUGUGUUGUAUAUAAAUGAAAGUAAUCACUGUUAGACCUGCUGGGACUGGAUGGUUUCAUUCGGCCAUUGUCCAAUGAAAAUGUAGAUAAAUGUUGUUCUGAAGGAAACACCUGAUGCAUCAUUUGUUUUAUAACCACUUUCCUACAAUGGCUGCCUCACUACACCCUGCCUUCCUUGGAAAGGGGAGAUUUUUUUUCAUGUACUAUGUGGCCUUUAGUCUCUUUCCACUUAUUCCUGAAAGGGAACUAAACUUCCAGAAGAUAAAUAUCAUGUGAAAUUGUUCUUCUGAGCACUUAUGCAAUUUACAUAAUAUUGUUCUCAAGAUACUGACAGUUUGUGCACUGUUAAUACAAUGAAGAGAGUGCCAAGCCACCAAUCAGAAAAUGAACUUACUGAGCAGGAAGCAUCUCUGGGAGCUUGUCCCUCCAUUUACAAACAGCUGUCAUUGUAUCAACUAUGAGAACACUGGUUUGCUUGUCAUGUGAGAUACUUCUCUGCUCUGACUACAUUUACUGAUGUCUAGUCAGCCGAUAGAACAGAACAGCAGGGCUGCUGUGGUUCCUGAUUCAUUAAAAUAGUGUAACAACUGCUACUGUCUUGCAAACUGAUAAGAAUUCCUGUAACUUGCAAAAAAGUGCAAUCUGAGCAAUUUGAGUUAAGUUCCCCGUGAGCACAAUAAGUUCUACAGAGUAUAAUACUCCACGAGUUGCAGUUUGUUUAAGUGAUUGCUACGAACAGUGGCUGAGAUUAUGGUACAGGGAAGGGAGGUGUAGCACUGACGGUACUUACUCUGCUAAUACUACAUCACUACUACUGAUAGGCGCACGUUUCUUAACCCUUGCUGGGACACAGAGCUGCCAUUUUUAUUCCUAUGGAUUUUACCAGUAUUGCACAAUUUAUCGGCACAACCUUAGUCUUGAGCUCUUGGAUGUUGUGGGACACAGAUGCAGAGAGACUGAAAUGGGGUUGUGAAUAUGUCUUUUAUGUAGUAUGUGAGCUUGGGCUCCAUUUGAGGAUAGAAAUAGUGGGUAUAGGAGGGUAUUUUUGUACUGCUAAAUAGAAGAGAUCCGCACAACUAGCAUUUUAUUGGAAUUUAACUAAAGAAUUAGGGUAAUAUAUUUUUAAAUGAAAUUAACCUGUUCCAUUCCCUACACAGAGUAGUAUAGUGUUUUAUAUGUGAGCUGCAACUGUUGAUUGAGGACCAAAUGUUCCAUUAGCUCUUCCACUAAAUUAACCCCUUUAACAAAAAUCAUAACAUUUAUUAUCUGUUUUUGUAAAAAGAAAAAAGUUUUAUAUAAUAAAACUGACUCUUUUCUGA